UUCGCUACUCACCGUGGCGCGUGAGCCGUGAGCAAAAAGUUGACCGUAAAUUUCGCCUUUGUGUCAAUCGACCGAGUUCGAUAUUCGGUUUUUGUCUUGCUGAGUGCGACUAUCCUGCAGAAAAGAGCCAAAAGUGACCAAUAUUUUAUUCGCGAUUGUCCAUCGGAGUCACGAUAUAUUUUCGAUGUAUUCAACAACUUCGCCAGGAUAGAAGAGAGAGAUCAAAAGGAAACACGUCUCACUCUUUGGGCGAGCAAAAAAGUACAUUGGAAAAUUUCCGAAAACGAUACCAGUAAUAUUCGACCCCGCAAAGUGAGACGCAGUGAAAAGUAAUUAAAUUGUCCGUAGGGAAUGCAAAAAUUGCCGUAUAUCGGAUCGAUUUUCUCGAUAGUGAUCAUGCAGAACUACGACGACCCAACCAGGAAGGAUAUUGCAUAAUAAUUGAAAACUAGAAGGAGAAGUUUGGUUGGCAAAACAAGCGACAAAGAAAGUCUCAUCCGACGGCCAAGGAAACGCGAAUCAGCGAAAAAAGGCGAGAAAAAAGUGGAUUAAGUUUUCUUUUUCUUCGACUCCCACAAAAGUGGACAAGGUGAGCAGCGGAUGGUAUCUCGGAACGUGUGAAUAUUCCGGUUGGUGGAUCGCAAAUCGGAAGCAUAUUAUUUCGCACAUCGAAAGGCGCAGAACAACACGUCCUCCCAACAUCUCAUCCGAAGGAGCCAAAGAGCAAAGUAGGCUUCCAUUUUGCUCUGUCGUCGCGUUUUCUGACAGCUAGGGGAACGUCAUAAGUUUUUGUGCAUCCCCCGAAGAAGGAGGAACGAAAAAAUAGUGCUACCGGACGGAAGACGGACCAUAUUAAGGACUCGAGCUGGGAUUUCUUCCAACUGCGGACGGGGGCUUAAACGCCGCUAUGGAUUACGACAAAACCGUCGAAGCAAUGGACACGCAAGACGACAACGAGGUAGAUCCGCCGACUGUGCAGAAGAAUCCACCGGUCGGAUACAAUCCGGCCAACGGAGGCGGAGGAGGAGGAGGAACUGGAACCGGUCCGGAGCAGAUGAGCAUGGACGACCAGGACAAUCUGGACGAUGAAGUGCGUCCGGAAGCGACGUUUAGUUUUAAGGUUGAGAACCUGAGCAGAUUCAACGACUCGAUCCUGUCGCCUCCCUACUAUGUGCGAAAUCUGCCCUGGAAGAUCAUGGCCAUGAAGCGAAACAACGAAGGAACGACACCGGCCAGCAAAGGCCUUGGCUUCUUCCUUCAGUGCAACGGAGAAAGCGACAGCUCCAACUGGAGUUGCUUUGCAUCGGCCGAAUUGCGAUUGCUCUCCGUCCUUCCUGGGCGGGAUCCAUUCGUCCGGAAGAUCCGGCACACAUUCAGUCGAAUCGAAAACGAUUGGGGCUUCUCGUUCUUCAUGAACUGGAUGGAUAUCCUCAACCCGGAAAACGGCUACAUCCAGAACGACGCCAUUACCUUGGAAGUGCACGUCACAGCCGAGCCUCCUCGUGGCAUCUUCUGGGACUCGAAAAAACACACCGGCUACGUAGGACUCAAGAACCAAGGAGCAACCUGCUACAUGAACUCGUUGCUCCAAACCCUCUAUUUCACAAACCAACUCAGAAAAGCGGUCUACAAAAUGCCCACGGAAGCCGACGACGAUUGCAAAUCCGUUGCCCUAGCUCUCCAGCGCGUUUUCCAUGACCUGCAAACCCAGAGCAAACCCGUCGGAACAAAAAAGCUCACCAAAAGCUUCGGCUGGGAUGCGCUCGAUUCGUUCAUGCAGCAUGACGUCCAAGAGUUCCUCCGUGUGCUCCUCGACAAGCUGGAAAACAAAAUGAAGGGAACGAGUCUCGAGGGAACAAUCCCGAAACUGUUCGAAGGUAAAAUGAUCUCCUACAUCAAGUGUCAAAACGUGGAUUACACCAGCCGACGAACGGAGACCUUCUACGACAUCCAGCUGAACAUCAAGGGAAAGAAGAACAUAAACGAGUCCUUCAAAGACUACAUCGCGACCGAGAUCCUGGACGACGACAACAAGUACGACGCGGGCGAACACGGCCUCCAGAAAGCCGAGAAGGGAAUCCUGUUCAGCAAAUUCCCCCCGGUCUUGCAUCUGCACCUGAUGCGGUUCCAGUACGAUCCCAUCACGGACAGUUCGGUAAAGUUCAACGAUCGGUUCGAAUUCGACGAGAAGAUCAACCUCGACCCGUUCCUGGAGAAGCCGGAAGACACCCCGGCCACGUACAUCCUGCACGCCGUGUUGGUCCAUUCCGGGGACAACCACGGCGGGCACUACGUGGUGUACAUCAACCCGAAGAACGACGGCAAGUGGUGCAAGUUUGACGACGAUGUUGUGUCGCGUUGCGCCCGGAACGAAGCGAUUGAGCAGAACUACGGAGGGCACGAUAACGACCUGAACAUCCGGCACAGCAGCAAUGCGUACAUGUUGGUGUACGUGCGGGAAUCGGUCAUCCACGAGGUGCUGGAAGAGGUCAAGUGUAGCGAUAUUCCGGAAGAGCUGCAGGAGCGCUUGGACGAACAGCGGCGCAUUCAGCAAUGUCGUCGAACGGAGCGCACCGAAGCCACCAGUUACAUGAACAUCAAUGUCCUACUGGAAGACUACAUGGAAAUCUAUCAGAAAUCGGACCUAUUCGAUCCGGCAACGGCCACGUACCGAAGCUUCAAGGUACGCAAAACGACCACCAUCGCGGAACUGGCCACACUGUUUUCGAAGACUUUCAAGGUCGACCCGGAGAAGAUGCGCAUGUGGACCGUGUCGAAGAACGAUUUGAGGAUACACAAGUUUACGCUGAUUGACCAGAAUGCCAACGAGCCCUGCAGUAAGCAUGCCUAUCAGGAUCCGAAAAAUUCGUGGACCAUUUUCCUGGAGAUGGCUUCACCGGAUUCCGACCAAUUGCACCCGAUCGAGGAGAAUGAUCUGUUGAUAUUCUUCAAAUCGUACGACCCGAUUGAAAAGCGGUUAAACUACUGUGGACAUGGGUUCUUCAAAGCGAAACAGUUCCUUUCGGAUCAGCACUUCCAGGAGGAAUGUGUUAGAAGGGCGCACUUCGAACCCGGUACGGAAAUCCAGCUGUACGAAGUAACGGACAUCAACAAGGCCACGAAAAUUAGGGAUGCAUAUGUAAUCGAUGCAGCAUUGUCGCGGGCAAUUAACGGUUCGAUCAUCAUAAUCGAGAAGGUGAAUCCCGGGGUGGAACACCUGGAGUUCCCGACGUGCGAAGAAUAUCUGAAGGAUCUGUACUGUCGGAUCGAGGUAGUGUUUGUAGAUACGCUGAACCCGAACGAUACCGGAUUUACGCUGGACUUGUCUUCGGAAUCGAACUACGAUCAAAUAGCCAAGGCCUGUGGCCGAAGAAUCAAUGUUAAUCCGUAUGAAAUUCAAUUUUUUAAGUGUAAAAAUUUUAGUGAUAUUCCGGGACAGCCUCUUCCGUACACCUACACAGGAACGUUAAAGGACAUCCUUAACUAUACGAAGGCAAAAACUGUUAGGAAGUUGUUCUAUCAGAAGCUUUCAAUUAGUAUUAACGAAUUGGAAAACAAGAAACAGUUCCGCUGUUUAUAUCUGAUGCCCAACUUGAAGGAAGAAAAGGAGUUAAUAUUGUAUCCAAACAAGAACGGCACGGUACAGAGUCUCUUAGCAGAGGCAGCCAAGGUUAUCGAGUUCAGUGAAAAUAGUACGAAGAUUUUAAGAAUAUCGGAACUAUCCAAAAACCGACUAGCGCCAGGACCGUCCAAGGACACCCCGCUGGAUCAGCUGCACGAUUACACAGACAACACGUUUGUGCAGCGAUCCACAAUUAGUAAUCAGAAAAUAUACCGCAUCGAGGAGGUGGCCGAAGAUGAAAUCAACCUGGCGGACAACGAGAUGCUCGUACCAGUACUGCAUUUCACCAAGGAUAUUGGUAGCAUUUUUGGAAUUCCCUUCUUCAUCCGAACAGUACAUCAGGAGACGUUCGCUGCGCUCAAGGAACGCAUAAAGAAGAAGCUGAACGUGUCCGACAAGGAGUGGGAAAAGUACAAGCUAGCCAUCAUCACCGAACACGUGGACUACAUCGACGACGAAACGAUCGAGAUCAACUUGGAAAUGUUCAAACCUGAUCCAGGCGAUCUCAAUUCGCGGACCUACCUUGGGCUGGAACACAUCAACAAAAAUACCAAGCGAAGCAGGUUCAACUACAUGGAGAAGGCGAUCAAAAUCUACAAUUAGAACCCCAUAGAAAUCAAAUUUUCUGGCUUUGUGUAACACAAUCACUGAUGACGCGCUGCUAGUUUUCGUUUAUGUGGCAAAAAAUAAAAGAAAAAGGUGAAAAAGUUCGACAUGAAGAAAAUCUAUAAAACAUCUGUGUAUUACCCCAGUGGUUUCGAUCAGUUUAGAUCAAGCGAGUGCGCUGAUCGAUGUUAAGAACAUGCAUAGCAAUGGCCGCUACACGUAGAGGUAGCAGUGCUGAAUAAAACAGAUUUGCCACACUAAACUGUCAGAAAAGCAAAACCUAAUAGUAAACAAAAUCAACAAGUUGAAAAGUGAAUGAUGGAUGCUGUUAUUAAUUUUUUUAUUACCGUUUUUUAUAUCGACAAGUUUAAAGCCAACACCCCCCGCAAAAAGAAAGCUUACAAAACAAGAUUUGAGGAAUUUAAGGUGAAGUGCAUGGUACAUAGUUAUUAUUACAAUUUAUAAUUAUGAACGAUUCUAGGGAGCAAUCCAGGAGUCCCUCGAACAUCCUGCGAACACGCGGCAAAUUGUAUGAAUAUUAUUUUUAUUCUGAGGAAAAAUAGCUUUUAUGCAUGAUCAUUACACGUAUUGUAUGAUAUUUCCGGGAAAACCAAUGUCCAUUUAAACAUUCUAUGACAAAUUAUCAUUGAGGUGAUUGCAUUCAAGAAAUACAGAUUUGACGCAGUAAAGAACAGUUUAAUCAAUAAUUUGCCAAAUCUUGUAUUGUAUGACCUACUUCGAAACACGUUUUCCAGGAAGUUUUCUUCGAGAAAUGUCAUACAGCUAUGUACAACGCAACCCUCUUCAAUCAUGAAUGAUGACGCUUGUUUUCACCUUACCUAAUUUCGUCUCCCAAGCCAGGCUAAUUGUAGAAUUAUAAUGAGCCUCUUACUUGUUCUAACAAAAAAUAUAUUAAAAAACUUUCACUCUUCAGUCGAGCGCCCGAAAGAGCAAGAGAGAUAGCCUAGAAAACCCAUUAUCACCUGCUGGAAGUGUGAGAAAAGAGAGAAUCAUGGGAAAUUCUUUUAAACACUCACAGUGGAAUCAUAUUAAGGCAAAUCGAUUAUUUAUAUUUAAAUUAAAGAAAAGGAAAUGAAUGAAAAAGUUAAACAAUUAAGACUAUAGUUAUAAAAAACUAAAUGCAAAGCAGAACAAGAAAAACACACACACAUUAAGCUCCCGGCUAGCAAAUCCAAGGAUGGAAUUAUAAAUCACUUGAAAUUCUCGCUGAAUAAAAAGGAACAAAAAAAAAAAGAAUAGAAUCACUGACUGUGGAAGAAAGCCUGUUAACCUAAAAUUAUUAAACAAAUAGACAAAAGCAAACAAAACUUAUGCGCUGGAUUGUGCCGGAAGUAGAGCCGUUUUAGAUUUGGUUUUUGCUAACCAAUCAAAGCCCCCAAUCCCCUUUCAUCCCCACACGCAACACACACGUACACAAAUCCACACCUACAUACAUACACAUAUUCAAAGAGAAAUGUUUUUGUUUUAAAACUCAGAGGAAUGAAAACGGCAACAGCAGCGAAUCACUUCUUUUCUCUGCCUCUCGAAGGGAUAACGAAAUCGUAGGGAAAUGAAGUCACACACACACUUGUUGUUGGUCUUGGAAAGAUCCGGAUAUCUUGACGAACAACAGAACGCGCCAAUUGAGUUGGCGAAAACGCGGAGCGAAAAAA